AUGCCACUGCGAGUUCAGCCACUGUCACCCACCAACCCUGCAGAUAUUGCGUUGAUCCCUACCAUUUCGCAAAUCCAUCUCGCAGCCUGGUUGUCCAACUCACUCUACUCCAAAAUUUACUACGGACCGCCGUCCAGUCACGCGGGGAUCAUCCAAGCAAAUCAACAGCGGCACCUGGAAUCCUUUACAUCUAAUCCUACUUCGUAUUUCACAGUUGUUGUUGACGAUGAGAUCCCAACUUCUUUGGACAAGAAUGGCCCCGAUCAUCGCGUCGACCACACCCAAAUCAUAGCAUUUCUGAAGUACGAUGUCUUUGCAAGCGUUGAGGCCGUAGAGGCACGCAAAGAUGCAAGUAAACGAACAUGGCCGCCUUACACGAAUACCGCCCUCGUUGGUAAUUUUUGGAACAGUAUCGUCGAGACCAGGAAGAGGUUUUCCAAGGAGAUCGGGCCACACGUCAAUGUGGACAUAGUCGGAACAGAUCCCAAUCAUCACCGUCGUGGCGCGGGAAAACUACUCAUGCAACACGUCGUGGAAAAGAUAGAUGAGUUAGGUCUCACAGGAACACUUGAAGCAAGCCCGCAAGGUUUGAAGUUGUAUUCUAGUUUUGGGUUCGUCCCUGUACAUGAUGUAUGGGUUGAUAUAUUGAGAUUUGAAGAUGGAGGAGACAAGGGGGAUGAAUGGGCCAAGGCAGAGGGGAGAGUCCCUGGCGAAGGGGAAGGAUGGUACAAACACGUUGCAAUGGUAAGGCAGCCAAGUGCCAACUGA